CCUGCCGCCGGUGGGCCCUGGAACUGGACACUGGCCGCCGAGAGCGAUGGCCGCCUUCUGCCCCAGGCACCCAGCUGGCCGGCCGCCGAGGAAGGGGAGUGCGGCGAGGCGGCGCUGGAGUCCAGCCCCGAGGAGGCCCGGGAGCUGCGGGCGGCUGUGACCCAGCUUCUGGACGCUUCGUAUCUGCUCACUCCUGUGGCCCAGGCCCAGCUCCUGUGGCUGUUGGGCUGGGCCCUGCGGGGGCUCCGGGGACAGCCUCCGGUGCUGUUCAAGCCGCAGCUGGUCCGGCUGCUGGGCACGGCGCAGCUGGCGCUGCUGCACGCUGUGCUGGCCCUCAAGGCGGCCUUCGGGGAGGCGCUGUUCACAGCCCAGGACGAGGCCCUGCUGCUCCGCCGGCUCACGCUGGCCGCCCAGCACCCAGCCUUGCCCCCGCCUGCCCAUCUCUUUUACCUGCACUGCCUCCUGAGCUUCCCUGAGAACUGCCCGCUGGGCCCCGCGGGAGAGGAGGCCGCCCCACUGCUGCUGGGGCCCCAGCAGUGCCGAGGCCUCUUGCCCAGUCUCCUGCACGACGCGAUGGCCCUGCCGGCCCGCCUGCACCUGCUGUGCCUGCUCUGUGCCGAUGACGAGGAAAAGGAGGACAAGGGCCACGGUCAGAGCCCCCGGCGCCACUUGGAGGAGCUGCUGGCCGGCCUGCGGCAGAGGGCGGCCCUGGACGGGGGCCCCCGCGCCGCGGCCACUCUCUGCUUCCAGGCCUCGUACCUGGUGGCCCGCUGUCUGGCCGGGCAGCCUGCCACGCUGACAGCCUUGACCCGCGGGCUGGCCCAGCUGUACCUUGCCAGGCCUGCUCUGGCUCCCCAUUUUGUGGACCUCUUAGAUCAGGUGGGCCCUGAGUUGGGGGUACCCCUAAAGAUGGUGCUGCAGCAAGAGGUGGUGUCCAGGCCCCCAGGCGGGGAUGAGGCCCUUCGUUGGCACCUUCAGAUGCUGGCAAAGGUGGCGGAGGCGGACGGCCAGGCUGCCACCCUCAGCUUCCUGCAGGCUGCCGCUGCCCACUGCACAGACUGGGGCCUCCAGCAGGCGCUGCUGCAGGUCUGCCGAGCCCUGCUGCGCGCGGGCGCCGGGGGCGGCCUGGUGGACUUGCUGCAGAGGCUGGCCAGGCGGCUGGAUGACCCUGACGGGCGGGACCAUGCCCGCCUCUACUACAUCCUCCUGGCCCACCUAGCUGGACCCAAGCUGGGGGUGGCCCUGGCCCCCUCCCUUGCAGCUCCUGCCCUCACCUCUUCGCUGGUGGCCGAGAACCAGGGCUUUGCCGCGGCGCUGGUGGUGCAGGAGGCCGCCGCCCCCGUCCGGCUGAGCGUGGGCCCCCGCCAGGCCGAGGGCCGGGUGCCUGUGCUGCAGCUGCGCGUGGAGGCUCUGGAGCCCCUGUACUCGCUGGAGCUGCGCUUCCCCGUGGAGGGGCGGCUCUGCGCGCCCGUGGGGGCCGUCCACGUGCCCUACGGGGCCGGGCCGCGCCUCUUCCAGGAGCUCUGGGACUCCUGCCUGCCAGAGGGCGCCGAGAGUCGGCUGUGGUGCCCCCUGGGGCCGCUGGGGCUGGAGGCCCUGGUGUCCCGCCACCUGGAGCCCUUUGUGGUGGCAGCCCAGCCCCCCACUAGCUACCACAUAGCCAUCCGCCUGCCCCCGGACUCCAGACUGCUGCUGAAGCUGGAGGGGGCCCAGGCAGGUGGCGUGCCCGUGGCCCUGCGGACCGACGACUGGGCAGUACUGCCCCUGGUGGGGGACUUUCUCCGGGGGCUGUCGGCUGCUGUCUGAGCCCCAGGCUGGGCCAGGUGGGAGCAGCUCUGUCCUCGUGCAGGGUCUUGCCCCAGAGGGCCAGGUCACCGGCGGGGCUCCUUUCUGUAAAGCACAUUCACCAACAAC